AAAAAAAAGGUCAAAAGCAGUGCGUCUACCGCAUCGUCUGCAUCGAUUCCGUGCUGGCCGCGCCGCGCCGUGCCGUGCACACCACAGGAUAUUCUCCGAGGUCGCGGCGGUGUAGACGUCAACAUCCCUCAUCAUUUUCGAAUACGGACUCUACCUAGACAACGUGAUCGUCACCGAAGCAGCGAGCAACCAUGACCAACGAGCGUGCGACGAACGGCCAAACCGACAGGAACGACUCCGGCACUGCAGAGGUUUCGCCUCCAUCCGAAAGCAAUGUCCUAUUCAAUCCGCCGAGUAGGGUUCGAGACGUCGCGUACGUCAAGAGCAUGGCCCAAUACCGAGAGAUGUAUGAGAGAUCUCUGCGGGACCCCGAAGGGUUCUGGAAGGACAUUGCCGAGGAUUUUUACUGGAAGCAGGGCCCCAAGGGCAAGUUCGUGGAUUAUAACAUCGACGUGCGCAAGGGACCCGUCUACAUUAGGUGGCUGGAGGGAGCCAAGACGAACAUCUCGUACAACCUACUCGACAGAAAUGUCGAGAGGGGUCUGGGCAGCACCGCCGCGUACCAUUGGGAAGGAAAUGAUCCUGAUGACACACGGACAAUAACUUACCAGCAGCUUCUUGACGAGGUCUGCCAGUUUGCCAACGUUCUGAAGAGCAAAGGCUUGAAGAGAGAGGACACAGUAGCACUUUACAUGCCCAUGAUUCCGGAGCUUGUCGUCGCCAUGUUGGCGUGCACGCGUCUUGGAAUUGUACAUUCGAUCGUCUUUGCAGGAUUCUCCAAGGAUUCCCUUGCUGAGCGUAUGAAAGAUGCCAAGUGCAAAAUGGUUGUAACUGCAGACGGUGUCUGGAGAGGCAACAAGCUGGUCAACCUCAAGGAAAUUGUGGACCAAGCUGUAGCAAAGGCCAAAGAGCUCGGGCACGAAGUGAAGCACACCAUUGUGGUGCGACACCUAACGUCGCCGACCGAACGAAGAAUGGACAUUGGCAAGCGACCCUACUCAGGACUUAAGAUUUCGUGGGAUGCCGACGUGGACAGCUGGUGGCACGAAGACGUGACCAACCAGCCCACGACCUGCACGCCAGAAUGGAUGGAUGCCGAGUCUCCGCUCUUUCUGCUUUACACGAGCGGUUCAACCGGCAAGCCCAAGGGCAUCCUUCACACAACGGCAGGCUACAUGCUGUUCACUGCCACGACGUUCAAGUACGUGUUCGACUACCAUCCCGGGGAUGUUUACUUCUGCACGGCUGACAUCGGCUGGAUCACGGGCCACUCGUACGUCGUGUACGGUGUGCUGGCGAACGGUGCGACCAGUGUCAUGUUUGAAGGAGUGCCAUUCUAUCCGGACGCGGGACGUCUGUGGGCCAUUGUGGACAAGUACCGAGUGACCCAGUUCUACACCGCACCCACGGCAGUCAGGGCGCUAAUGAAGUAUGGCGACCAGUACGUCAAGAAGUACGACAGGCGGUCGCUGCGCAUUCUGGGCUCUGUGGGCGAACCCAUCAACCCGGAAGCCUGGCUGUGGUACCACCGGGUGGUCGGGAACUCCAACUGCGCCAUCGUAGACACCUUCUGGCAGACCGAGACGGGAGGGCACGUAUUGACUCCUCUACCAGGAGCAACUCCGGCAAAACCAGGUUCUGCGACCUUUCCGUUCUUCGGAGUGGAGGCAACAAUACUUGACGAGCAGGGAAAGGAGGUUGAGGGAGAGGCAGAGGGAUAUCUGGUUUUCAAGAAGCCUUGGCCGUCCAUGAUGAGGACUGUUUACGGUAACCACGUUCGGUUCGAGACCACCUACUUCAAGAAGUUUCCUGGCUACUACUGCACGGGAGACGGGGCCCGUCGAGACAAGGACGGCUACUUCUGGGUGACUGGUCGCAUGGACGACAUGCUCAACGUGUCUGGGCACCUGCUGUCCACGGCCGAGGUGGAGUCGGCCCUCAUUGAGCACAGGGCGGUCUCCGAAUCGGCCGUGGUCGCUCGUCCCCACGCCGUCAAGGGCGAGUGCCUCUACUGCUUUGUUGUUCUCAAGGAGGGAAACGAUUUUAGCGACAGGCUUGUUACUGACUUGAAAGAGCAAGUGCGCAACAAGAUUGGGCCGUUUGCGACGCCGGAGUACAUCCACUACGCGCCGGGGCUGCCCAAGACAAGGUCGGGCAAGAUCAUGCGCCGUGUCCUCCGCCAGAUCGCCCAGAAUAACCGCCAGUUCGGAGACCUCAGCACCCUCGCAGAUGACAGCGUCGUCGAAGCGCUCUUCAAGACCAGGCCAGCCAUCGAUUAGGCCGCCCUACCCUGGCCCAGUUCUCUUUUUUGUCGAGUUGUGUUUCCGCGAUCGUUUGAAUUACACUGCACCGACGGAUGCAUCUGGUGUUGCCGACCUCUCUUAACCCGUCGGCGACGGGUUAUAAGAAUUCAGUGGAUGCUUCCGUCUGCGAUGCAAGCUCUCUACCCUCGAUAGCACUUCGUCGCUCGUGCUCUCGAAGCGCGGCAGAAAGUGGCGGGCACAUGCCAGAGGCGAAGCUUCUUUUGGGUUCUUAUCUGUCACCGACCAUAGGGAUAUUCACUGGAUGCUACAUUUGCGCCCCGGCACGCACUCGAGGAACCGUGGGGGCGGUGUUCCUUCAGCUCCCUAGGGAUAGGUAAUUUCAACCAAUUCAAUGCUUACACACUUUUGAGCAUAAUGCAGAAUCAUCCCGAAUAAGCGUCAUGCAGAUUGCAAAGACCCGUUGUGUCGCUUUUAAAAUUUCUCGUCCAUAUCAGUGUUUUUGAUAGUGCGUGCCAUCCACCCUUCAACCUGCCUGAACUACAGAAAUUUCUCACAAUAUUAUCAUUCUCGUACAGCUUUAAAGACGCCGAUAUCAAUUUAGAAACGCUAAAAAUGCUAUAAACAGCCUCACUGACUUUGAACUGAAUACUUUUUUUGGUUGUUGUGAAUUCUCGGCUUUUUAAGCAAUUCCUGCUAAAACAACAAUAGCGAGAAUGAUAAUAUUGUAAGAGAUUUAUGCACCUCGGGCCAGGUUGAAUUGUGGAUUGCAUGCACAGUAUCAAAAAUGCUGACACUGACGAGAAAUUUUAUUAGUGAUCCACCAGGCUUUUGGACUCUACACAACGCUUCUUCAGGAUGACUCCGGAUUACACUCAAAAGUAUGUAAGCACUGAACUGAUCGAAAUUACCGAUCACUAGCGAACUGAAAAAACACCUUUCCCAUGAUUCCCCGAGUGCAGACCGGGGCGCUUGGGGGAUUUAGUAAGUGGUCUAUUGGGACUAAGUCCGACGCAUCAAUCGGAUGCGAGACACAGCCGAACGCCAAUGUUCAAUCUGUGUCUGCUCUCUAUCUCAAUGCGACAACGUCGAAACGCUAGUGCACGGGCUUCGAUCAUUCUAGGUAGCGUUGCUCGUAUGCAGUUCCCAAACUUUUGAGUUUCUGGCAUAGUUACGGUGCCCGCACUCCGUUUCGGCUUAUGAUUGACCGCAGAAGACGCUACGAGCCAUCGAAGCCAACAACAGGGGGCACUGCGACGUGCGGGGAGUUAGUCGCGCAAUACGUUCGCAGAGCUGGAUCGGUUCAUAGCAGAUCCGUCUGCAAUCCGUCGUAAGACGAAAUGGAGUGUAGUGCUUGUCUUCGACUUUUGUGUUAACCGUUGCGUACCGCCCGUGCUUCGAGAUCGGUUCCCAAGUGAUGAGAAGACAGGUCACGAGGGCGGGCGUUUCACGCCGUUAAAAGUCGCGAUCUCAAUAGCCGGCUGUAGAAAUUCUAGGAAAAAGAAAAAAAAGAAAAGAGUGAACGCGAGUGUUGUAGUUGUUUCAACGUUGCGACUCGCGGCUGCUCAAGCUUACGUGGACUGCCAAGCCGGAGAGCAGCCUAUGGCCGAACGGGUGUCUGCAACAUCCACAUCCGUCGCCGCGCCGCCACCGAAAUCGCGCAGGGAACAGCGUGAUGCAAAUGUGAUGUUGUCGGGCGAAAGUUGAGGGACUGCGAAUGCAGAUGCAGCAAGCGCACAGGUCGGAGAUGCGUUCCAAGCGCUAGUCGCUAAACAUCGAAAUGCGGCAAGAGACCCUUUUUAAAAUUUAAAAAUUGUGUAUAGAUUAUGUGCGGUGGCCAUUAGUUGGGCAUAUAUUGUGAGCAUGCAUUGAACACGAGUGCUUUGUCGGCGUUCGGAGCCUACUCAGAUUGAAAAGCAUUCUACACGAGUGCUCGGCGAGAACACGGAACCAAUCGUGGGCUUCAUGCCAGAGGCAAUGAGACCAACUAAUGGCGGCUGCCACAUAAUCUAUGCAUCAUUUCUCAAUUUCGGAAAGGGUAUAAGUAGCCACCGGCAUUUGUUAGCAUUAGCUUUGCCCAUGCCAAGUUAGCUCGAGAAAGUGUGCAUUCGGAUCGUUCUUGCGGUUCGUGGAGAGGACGCUAGUGUCCACGAAGGCAAAUCUUGUUGCGACAGUUUUUGUUUGUAGAGAUGCAUUUGGCCGUCGCGCGUGCAAAGAUUUAGGUGUAUUUUUGUUGUACAUAAAAGUGCCAGAGCUACAUAUUUUUCUGUCUUGUGACGCGUGCCAUUUUCAGACUCCAGUCUAUAGGUGCAUAUUCUAUUUUUUUUAGACCGCAUAGAUGCGCGCAUAUUUUUUAGAUCUUUUUCUUGUCUGAGAUAAAUCGAUUUCGGUUCUCGUUUAUGGCCGUAAUUGUUGAGUGCCAGUCGUCGACACACAUGUGCUAUUUAUUAUAAACGCCUUUGUUACCGGUGCAGAUAUGUACUUCAGUUUGCAUUACUACAGGUGUCGACAAUUAUAAGUACUUGCUCUCGUUGAUGGCAGCUCGUGUUUUUGCUCUCAGCAGCUGCAGCAGGUGUGGCAUUUCGGAACUUCGCCUGUGGCUCUUGAGCCAUCUUACUUAAUCAGGAAAUGGCGAGGACCCGGAUAAAACGGCAGAGACUUAACACAGUGAUCUCGAUACGAUGGCAUUAGAGUCUCCAUGUCUACCCGCUUCGCGUUAAUGACCUCUCGUGGCAGCGUUACCUUGCUGCUUCUAGCUUUCUAUAGAUAUGUGUCAUGGCUCGUGCAAAUUUUUCGGGGCAAUUUACAGAUCCCCGCUAUUUUUCCUCCGACCAUGCUAAAUGCUAAUCUUAGGUGCAAGCUUUACGACACAAUAUCUGAGGUACUACAUUCCUUCGAGCAUUAGCAUGCACCAGUUACCAAAGCACAGCUCCACGGUUCCAGAGACAAAAGGAUAUCAGAAGUGUACGCUACGAUCCAAGGUUAAACAAAACCUGCCAAGUUUUAACUUGGAAACAAACAUGGCGAGCAAAAUUGUCACCAUAGCAAGUGCUUUAAAGUGCAGCAAUAUUUUGGGAUAAAAAGGCAAAUUUGGCACUCAUCAGAUUUUUUUUUUUUUUUGUCCCUGGGGCAAGAGCAAAAUACUUGUGUAUAAAAUAUGUGCCAUGUGCAAGUCCCAGGCUACAUACUUUACGCUCCGUUUCACCGUUUCAGUGAUGUCAAGCUCGACGAAAAACUUGUGCAAGCUGUUGUGGCAUUAUUUACAACCUAUUCAACCGCAGCGGUCGUUGUCGUCGUUUCGUGAGAACUCAAUACUGCUAGUAUUCGGUUGCGGAGCCUUCGACUACCCAGUAGUUUGUAGCGCUUGUCUUAGAUUGUAGACGAUGUUCGCAAUACCUAUACUGCAGUUUUUGUUGGCACAGUAUAGUCAACGUGAACGCAUCGUCCUAGUCGUUAUAAAUGUUGCAAUGCUGUUGUGACCGUGGAAAUUCUAUUGGAUGUUACAAGUUGCAACGGUUACUGUUUCGCACCGGUGGUCGUUACAGCGUGUAAAUAGAGGCCUUGGCUGCAAAUGACAAUCAAAUCUGCAUACGCCUCAGGUAUACUAUACACACCCGUGCUUACGUGACCGUUAGUGAUCCUGCAUGCCUUUGUAGUUGCCGACAGGAUGCGGACGACGGGGCGUCUCUUUCCGAUGCCCGACCCCCAGCUCACGGUCGUUGCCUCGCGUCAUUUUUGGCAGUGCCUGCACGCUCGAUGUUUAAGCGAUGCCGAAGCGCCUCUGAAAGUAAGAAGCUCGCACUGAAGGCGGGACAACCGAAACUCCUCCCCGACGGCCGAAUCCUGUCGGCGAUUAUAGUUGAGUCCGACAAUCAGCCUGGCACUCGGUGUAGGCAACCAUGUACAAGCCUUUGUGGCAUUGGUGCCUAAUGCCAAUGUUUGUUUGUGACGAUGUCACCUAGUUGUUGCGUGCUUAGCAUUGUAACUUAUAACCGGAAGGAGGACCCGAUCUCGCAAAUGUCCAACUCUCAUCCUUGCACGACGGCUGAAACUGCUGGUGAUGCAGUUGGUUCAAGAUAAGCUCAAGGUCGAUUAGUUGUCGUUGUUAAGGCGUUUAUUUAAGCGAGGGAUUACACCGGGAUCAGAGGUCCGGUGCAACGCUAUCGCAGCUUUGGCGUGGCGUCCAAGUCCCUGGAUAGGUCGAUUAGAACUAUAGGAAAGCUUACUGGCCAAUAACGCCAACCUUGUCAGUAGUCUCUCGUAAUUUUAACUUUAAGAAAUACAAACUCCUACUCCAGUAUUCAAGUUGUGAUCUAAAGAACAGUCUCAGCUGUAGUGCCGCUUUUUCCGAUUUUGAUGGUGACUAAGGUUGUGUUACUGCUAAAUGCAAUUAGGGAUUAUGCAUUUCUCCUGUAGCCUAUGCCACGAUAGUGGAAUUGUGACACUGCCCACCUGAAAAUACAACAUAUCGAAACGAACCUGUGACUACCAAGAACAAGAAUUGCUUUGAGCCUUAUCAAAGGAUCAAAGCAAUUCAUUAGACUAAUAACAGUUGUUAUACUAUGCUCGUCUGUCUGCUGAUAAAUGACUUUCUUCAAAUCUGCCUUCCAUAUUCAAUGUCCAUCAAAUAUGAGACUAAUAGGACAGCGAGGCAAUACUUCUGAUCUUUCCCUCUCGUUCUAAUGGAUCAGGACGUGUUAGAGAGACCACAUUGGUGCACCCUUUCUGUUGCUUGGCCAAAAAUGAUGCAGGAAGUAAUGCUUCCUACUUUUGAAAGGUAAUGCGGAAUUUUUUGCGAUGGUUCACCAAAUGAAUGACCUGGCAUCAGGAAUUUGCUGCACAAAAACGCUCCGUCGUUACUUGAUCCCACCUGAAGGACAAUGCGAAAGACUAAUAUUGGUGCCCCGUUCAAAUGCCCCAUGUCGAGCAUUCAUACUUCUCUGAUAGCGAUUGUUCUGAGACUGUAAAUAUGUCAGUGCUUCUGUGGUACAAUGUGGAUCUGUGCAAUAAAGCAUUCGGUGCAUCUGAA